UUCUACCUUGGUUGGUGGUAGCCUGUUGCUGGGCAGCCAAGCGUCCAAGGAUCCCCAGAGACUACACUAUUAAUGUUGCUUAACAGUAAUAGAUGGAUAUGCAUCUGACUCUUACCUUGCUUUUUUUUAUCAACAAAUGCGUUGUUAUUUCACAGCCAACGAGCUGGCGCGCGUACAGGUUGCAAGUCAAACAGCUACAAUGUUACGGAUUUAUUUUCUCCCACACGCAGCCCCGGAAGCAGAAAUACACCUCACUUGGGUUUUGUUUUGUUUUGUUUGUUAGUAUCUGGAGUUGGAGAAGAGGUAGAGCGUGCAUGUGGAGUUGCACCUUGGGAAUGGAAGAUGAACACAUUUCUCUGAAUGUGUAUACGUGUAAAAUGCCGAGUUUUGUCAGCAGAUAUGACGAAGAGACAGUCUGCAAUUCUUCAGAAAUGCUUGAUAAAGUUGAGACAUCAGGCACAGAUUUUAUUCAAGAUGUCAGGGAAACAAAGAUCCAAACACCAGACGGUGACGGGAUUUUGGAGACGCACACACACAGGGUUACGAGAACGGGUAGUAAAGAAAAUGUUGAGGGAUACAGUUUCAGAAAACCGACUGCAGUGGGUAUUUUGAGGAGGAAUUUCGGGACGACGAGAUCCCCUACGAAUUUCAAAAACAAUUCAGCAGAUGACCAAAAACACCCAGAGGAUGCUAUGGUAGAAAUAGUUUUAAAUGAACGAAUUGAUCAUGUGGACCUUGAAAAGUCAAGUGGCAGUGAAACGAAUGUAAAAGAGCAAAUCGCAGAUCACACAGAGGGAUUAACGUCAUCCGAUUUGAAUGAAGUUGAUGUAACAUAUUCUGACGAUAUUUGUGAAAGUAGCAGGGCUGACGACGAUGUUGUACAGUUAAAGGAACAUGUUUACUGUACUGUAUACUGUAUUGCAAACGAUAACUACAGGAAACCAGCUGACAAUACCGGAGAACACCAAUAUAAUGGGGCGAUAACUCCGUCAACAUCAAACGUCAUUACAAAGCCAUCCACAGAUUUACGGCAGCAGAGCAAUCUGGAAAUGGGCCACCACAACGUUUCCGAUCCAUAUACCCUACCGAACCUGGUUGAUCCUAGAACUCUGAGCAACUUUUACAACGGGGAUUACAAUGAAUCAGUUGUUUUGGCAUGUCGCAUCUGUCUGGACGACACACACAUAAAGCCGUUACUUUGUUGCAAGAAGGCUGUCUGUGAGGAAUGCCUGAAAAUAUACAUCAUUUCACAGGUCAGGGUGGGCAGAGCGGACAUCGUGUGCCCCAUCACAGAGUGUAGUGGUUACCUGGAGGAGAGCCUGGUGGUGUCCCACCUGGGCAGUGAGGAAGUGGCCAAAUACAAAUACUUCCUGGAGCUGAGGCAGAUUGACUCUAGCACCAAACCCUGUCCCCAGUGCAGCCAGUUCACCUCGCUGAAAGGACACACCCCCAGCAGGGCAGAGCACAAAUACAAGAUCCAGUGCACAAAGUGCCAGUUUGUGUGGUGCUUCAAAUGCCACGCCCCCUGGCACGAGGGCCUGAAGUGCCGGGACUACAGGAAAGGGGACAAGCUGCUGCGUCAUUGGGCCAGCAUCAUCGAGCACGGCCAGAGGAACGCCCAGAAGUGCCCCCACUGCAAGAUCCACAUUCAGAGGACGGAGGGCUGCGAUCACAUGAACUGCACCCAGUGCAGCACCAACUUCUGCUACCGCUGUGGGGAGAAGUACCGCCACUUGCGAUUCUUCGGGGAUCACACAUCCAACCUCAGCGUGUUCGGCUGCAAGUACCGCUACCUUCCUGAGAAGCCCCACCUCCGCCGGCUGGUCCGGGGGUCCGUGUGUGUGAGUAAAGUGGUGGUGGCCCCUGUUGUCAUAGUCCUGGUGGUGGUUGUCGGAGCAGUAUCCAUGGUCAUAGGACUCGUGGCUUUUCCUAUCUUCUACAUCUGUAAGAAGAGACGGCAGCGCACCCAGGGUACUGGCCGUUGGCACUGAGCUGAGCACCAUGGCAGUGUGGUCAGGACCCUGCUCCAGAUACGAAGCCCAGGGAGGGGACACAGGGAUUUGGGGGGAGGGGGGAGGGUUGGUCUCCAUCCACAGCCUGAGAAGAGCAAUGCUUUCCAGUGGCCUUCUCUCUCUACUGCAUGUCUACCACAACACUGUAUGUGGCUCCUCCUCCAGCCUGUGGAUCUAAAGGCUCACAGAGCAGUCUACUCCUGUUCCGCCCAACUUACCUCCACAGUGUCUGGGCUCCUAUAGCAUGGCUAGUGAAACAGAAACACAUUGGGUAGAAUGGGAAAGAGUUACUGAAGACGUGUGGGUGAGUCUAUCACCAUUCUUUUGCGGACCCUGAGCACCUGCAUAUUUAUGACAUUUUCAGGGAUUUUAUUGUGGUGCGUCCAUACAGGUAACUACCAAAAUGAAGGAAAAACUUGAGUAAAUGAGGGAUACAAAGUGCAGUGCAUUCAGAAAGUUUUCAGACGCCUUCCCUUUUCCAACGUUUUGUUACGUUACAGCCUUAUUGUA